UUCAAAUUCUUAAGAAGGUAUACCAGCAGAUACUUUUGGGCCUUUUGACUUUUCCACCACAUGUUUAGUAGAGAAAUCCCCGCUUAUUAUUUUAUUUGAGGUUGCUUCUACAUAAGGGCCCUCAAUCUCAACUUUAUUCAUCAUCAAGGAGUUUUAUUUGGAAUCAUAGCCUCUCAAGUCUUCAACAGAUCCUAGCCUCCUAGCUUUUUGUGUGGUCGCUUGAUCAAGAGUUCAGGAGUAUCAUCAAUGGCAGCUCGAGGUCUUCUCUUGGCUUCAUUUCUUCUUUUCUCUUGCUUUGCAGAGACUUAUGGGAUGAUCUCUUUCUCUUCCCUGCCAAGAACCCUUGUAGUUACUGCCUCGCACAGACAAGGACUUUUGAAAGCUGAUGAAGACAAAAUCACAGUGAUCUGGGGGCUGAACCAGAGUUUCCCAGCUGGUACCGACUCUGCCUACACGACCAUCAAGGUCAAGCUGUGCUACGCGCCGAUUAGCCAGGUCGACCGCGCUUGGAGGAAAACCGUAGACCAUCUCUCCAAGGACAAGACUUGCCAGUUCAAGAUCGUGUCAAGGCCCUACAGCAACACCAACCAAACCUUUCAAUGGACCAUCGAGUGCGACGUGCCUACCGCCACGUACUUCGUACGCGCCUACGCUUUCAACGCUGAGGAUCACGAAGUGGCUUACGGUCAGAACACUGACGCCAAAAAAACUACCAACCUCUUUGAAAUCCAGGCAAUCACUGGACGCCACGUGUCGCUUGAUAUUGCUUCCGUUUGCUUCAGUGCUUUCUCCAUCGUAGCCUUGAUGGGGUUCUUCUUCGCUGAGAAGAGAAAGGGGAGGAAGGCUCAGCAGUAGUGUGAAACAUGCAAAGGAAAUGAGAACCCCCGAGAAAGGAAAACUGUCCACCGUCAAAUGAUAAUAGUGGGUUGCGUGUGUUUCAUUGUUUAGAUUUAUUACUCUCCUUUUAACAGUGUGUGUUAUUAUAUAAGCUUUGAACUUGUAGGCAUUCGGACCUAAAUUUACAGGGUCAUCAUGUUGAUUUCCAUGGUCCAGAUGGGAAGGGUUGUGUUGUAGUGGUAGAGGAAUGGACAAAUAAAAAUUACUAUGGAGAACAUAUAGAUGGUUGUAACUUGUAAUAGUAAAGAGAGUUGGGACUUGUAUCAUCUCCUUGUUAGACAGUGGAAACAUGCAUUUUGUUACUAGUGAUAUUAGAGUUUGAUCAAUUUGUAAUUCCAAGUUGUUGCUAGAACAAUUAUCUUUUUAGUA